UUCCUGAAUGCCACUCUUCUGGGCCCUCCUCCCUCCGUCCCUGCUUCUCUCCCCAGGCCGACUGCUGAUUCACUCUCACAUGCUGGCAGCUCACUGAAGAGAUUUUGUUGCCUGUGCACCUGUUCUCAUCAGAUACAGCCUAAGAAUAAGAUUGAAACCAAAGGUGAAACCAAAGCUGAUGGAAAUGUAUUUUAAAAUCACAGCAUGCCUCCUUCUGAUUGUCCAUGCCUUUCAUCUGGCAUCGCUCCAAUAUACAACUGACACUCCAGGACGUACAAUUGAUGGAAGCUGGUACCGUAAACUAGCAGAUAAUUCAGCUGGAGGUCAAAACGUUGCAGUUACUGAUGGGGAUGCACAGUAUGACUGGGAAGCUGAUACAACUGCCAUGGAGCCAAGUAAUGAUUACAACAGUGGCACAGCAUCUGGCUCCAUGGCAGUAUAUAAUGGAGAAGAGGAGAACGUAUCCGGUCAUGAACAGGGUGCCAAUAAAACAUCUGAUGAUCUGACUGUUGUCACUACCACGCUGCCUCCCACAGCACCAAAUGGUACAACCAAGCACACUGAAUCACCAGACCCUGCAGUUACUCCAACGACUACGACUACAGAUCCCUCAAAUCCAAGCCAGAUCAACAUGACUGAAGCUGACGAGGAAUCUCAUAACCUGACGACCACCCCUCAAACCACCACCACUCAUUUGAUUUCACAAAGCUCCACCCUCUCUCCAGAUUUCUUCAAUCGCACCGAUUUGCAGUCAACAACUUUGGCUCCGGAGAGCAACGAUACACAAGAAUCCACAGCAAAACCAGAGGAAGAUACAGGGCUAGACAACAGCACGGGGUCAACCAGCACAACAACUGCAAUAACCACAACAACACCAGAGGUAAAGGGGACAUCCACCACGUCUUCAUCUACAACAGUGUUCCCAUCUGAGACCACAGAACUGAGCCCUGAGACUACGACUGCUGUUGCACUGGACACACCUGAGAAUGUCAACAAGACGAACAAAGAUACAGCCGCAGGGAGCAGCUCAGAAAGAGGUUUGUCAUCAGAUCCACACACAAGUAACAGGAAUGGAGCAUGGGGUGCUUUACUAGGAACAGCAGUUGCUGUGGCUUUCGUGGGACUGGUGGCCUACAUCAUCCUGAAAAAGAAGCACCGGAAGGGUUUCUCUCACAGGAAACUGGUUGAGGAGUAUCCUUCAGACCCAGUUCUCAGAUUAGACAACAAUGAACCUUUGGACUUGAACUACGGUGGUGGUGCCUAUUACAACCCAGGACUCCAGGGAGACAACAUCCAGAUGACCAACAUUCCAGGACGCCACAGAAACUGAAAGGACUACCAAGACCAAAGUCAUGAACUCCCUUGUAAGAAUGUCUGUCACCUAGUCUCACUGGCAUUUGAUGUGGAGUUUUGUAAAUAAGACUGUCUGAAAGUGACAUUUGUGGAUGGAAAUUACAAAGGAGUUUGUGUAGACCUGUUGUCAGUCACCACAAAUGAUACUUGUCAGAUUAUGCAUUGUUGUGACUAGAUUUAUUGCAUUGAAAUAGAAGGAUAACUGAAGGCUUUCUAUCUGAAGUACACUGCCUCAGCCAAUAUUAACUGUCAGCCAUUUAUGUAAGUUGCCAAAGAGAAUGAAAUUAGGUCUUUAUGAAGAACAUACUUUGCAGUCAAUGAAGGAUGUUAAAAAUGAAUAUUUGUUAUAACUUUUGGCUUCAUUUUAUUUCUGCUAUAGAAAGAAGAAAAACAAAAACAUUAGGAUAUAAUCUGAUCAGGUAAAGAGAAAGAAAAAAAAGUGCUGUUGUAUUGCAGCCUAAAUAACAAAUGACACAGGUGGCCCACUGAAGCUUUUGCAACAAAAUUCAGAAGCCAUGGUGAACAAUAAAAAUAUCCAUAUCAACCAUCACCUGCUGUUAUGGUAUAAGGGAGGCUAUAAGAAGUGAAAUCUGAAUGGUGCUUUCAGAUAUUCCACGACCAGCAGUCACAGCCAGAGACUGAGAUUUGAACCGUCAAACCAAAGACUUUGAAUUUGUUUUUCUGCACCGAUUAGGGAGGGUGGAGGGACACUGGGUGCUGUUUUGUUAUUCAUAGGCACGAGGUUUUGGUAUUCAGGAAGGGAGUUGUGUAUUUGGUCUUAGCACUACUCAGUAGCAACAACUAUAUCAUCAUAAUAUACUGCUUAAAUCUUCUGACCUCCAGGUGUCCAUACAGAGAUUUAAGUUUCUUGUGUAGCAACAAUGUGCACCUCGGAGAGCUACAUAGUGUUUACCUACUGCGCCUAGAUCGAAACUAGAACAUAUCUGAUUGUAAAUCUGAAAAAACUUUAUAUUUUUUACUGCUAUUUUAUCCUAUGUUUGCAUUAACUUUGAGUGACAACCUUCAGCAAGAAAAAUGUCUCUUUUUUGAUUGAUACAAUGUGGGUUGGACAAGGAAGCAGGAAUUGAUUACACGUCUUUUCUAAUGCCUUUGUAUGAUAAAAUUUAACUAUAUUGCAUAAUUGUUCAUUUCUAAACUUUCUUACUUUUCUGUGUUAUAUAAAACAGGCUUUUGUAACUGUACUGUACAUGUGAAGAAAAUACAACCUGAAAAUACAUCUCUCUUCACUCAUCAUUACCUGAGUGAAGCCUGCACUCGAUCAAUAUGCGCCCUGAUUAUGAUUGAUAUGUGCCUUGGUAACACAGAUAUGUGUGAAAAAUUUUAUUGUUAUAUGGUUCAGCACCAAGCAUGGCAGAUCAGCUUCUGUCCUUGCUCUAAUUUCAGACAUCAAUCAGUGUGAGAAGGAUUUUUGUCUGAGUGAGAGAGGGGAGUUUUGUGUUGCAGAGUUUAAGAAUCACAGUGAUUACUGUAGAAAUAAAGCAGGGCAGAUGGAUAAUGGGAGACUUCUACAUUGGUUACCACCUCUUGUAAAAUGUAAUGGAACUUGAUGAUGCCUUAAUAAAAAACCAAACCCCCAAAAA